AUGGGUAGCGCCGCAGACGUUACCAACAGCCCCGAGAUGACGGAGGCUCAGAACCAGGCCAAAAAGGAUGUCGGCGAUCGUGAGGAGGCCGCGCCGGCCUACGUGCCCGCGACAGCGGAGGAGCAGAACAGCGUCCUAACGGGAGAGGACGGUGAACUGAUCGACUACAAGACUCUCACCUGGUGGCAAGGCGGCAUUGUCCUCAUCGCCGAGACCGUGUCCCUUGGCAUCCUCUCGCUGCCCUCCGUUCUGGCGACUGUCGGUCUUGUCCCCGGUAUUGUUCUCAUCCUCGUCAUGAGCUUCCUGUCGACGUACUCAGGCCUCGUCCUCGCUGAGUUCCGCAACGAGUACCCCUUUGUGCAAAACUUUGGCGACGCCGUCGAGGUCAUUGGCAAGUCCAUUGGCAUGGGCGCCGUCUUCCAGGAGGUCUUUGGCUGGGCGCAGGUUAUCUUCCAGGUCUUUGUCAUGGGCAGCCACUUGUUGACCUGGACCAUCUGCCUCAACACCCUGACCAACUCGUCUACCUGCACUAUUGUGUGGGCCGUCGUCGGUUUGGCUGUUUUCGCUGUGCUUAACUUCCCGAGAACGCUGAAGUACACGAGUUACAUGUCCAUGGCUUCAUGCUUGUCCAUCACCCUGGCCGUCCUCAUGACCCUCGGUGACGUCGCCGUCUCCCGCCCUAUCGGCUCCGGCAGCAUCGAAGUCGCCCGCCAGCUGGGCUUCACGGGCGCCUUCCUCGCCGUGACCAACAUCGCCAUCGCUUUCUCGAGUCACUCCUGCUUCUUCAGCGUCAUCGGCGAGUUCAAGAAGCCCGAGGACUGGCCCAAGGCCCUGGCUCUCCUCCAGAUCGCCGACACGACGCUCUACUUGCUCGCCGCCAUCGUCAUUUACGUCUUUGUCGGCCCGGACGUCCCCUCCCCCGCCCUCUCCGCCGCCGGCUCCAAGACGAUGCGCAAGGCCAUCUGGGGCAUCGCCAUCCCGACUAUUGUCAUCGCUGGUGUCAUCUACGGCCACGUUGCCGCAAAGUACAUCUUCUCGCGCCUGUUUCGCAACACGAAGCACAUGAUUCGCCGCACGAAGCUCUCUGGCAUCGCGUGGAUCGGCAUCGUCGUCAGCAUCUGGGCCCUGUCCAUGGUCAUUGCCGAGUCCAUCCCCGUGUUCAACUCGCUGCUCGGCCUCAUCUGCGCACUGUUCGCCUCUUGGUUCUCGUACGGUCUUCCCGGCAUCUUUUGGCUGUGGAUGCACUACGGCAACUGGUUCAAGGACGGGAAGCAGACGUGCAAGUUCGUGGCCAACGUUAUCCUGUUUCUCACGGGCUUCCUCAUCUGCGUGCUUGGUCUGUGGGCGUCUAUCGAGUCGAUUGCAAAUGAGAAGGGAACCAAGCCUUGGACGUGUGCUUCCAACGCCGCGCGAUGA